AUGGCCCCUCAGGAAAAGAAGUGGGAUGACGCCGCCGAGCGUGACCUCUGCGUCGCCAUCAUCCAGGGAAACCAAGAAGGCACCAAAGUUCGCUACAACUGGCCACGCGUCGAGGAGAUCAUGACCAGCCUCGGUCACUCGUUUACCAGGGACGCCAUGUCUCAGCACUUCUCCAAGACUAUCAUGAAGGAGUUCCAUGCUCGCCACCCCAAGGACGAUACCACUGAAACUCCUCCCGCCAGCGCCACCAAGCCCAAGACUCCUCGCAAGACUGCCACUCCCUCCAAGAAGCGAGGCAAGAAGGGUGCCAAGGCCCAGGCGCCGGAGGUUGACGAUCAAACGGACGACGAUCUCGAACUAGACGCUACCCCAAGCAAGAAAGUCAAGAAGGAAGACAAGUCCGCCACCUUGAAGAAGGAAGAGGCUGACACUCAGAGCGCUGCCGCCAACGAUGACAACGACAAGAAAUUCCAAUCCUGGGUCGCGGAGGGCUCUGACACGAAGCCGUAG